AUGCUGACGACUUCGGGCAAUUUGUACUCCGUGAGAUUUACAGAUGCGGCAAAACAAGAUGAAGUGCAGCGGCAGUUUAUUGAACUUUACAAUUCUCCGGAAAAACUCCAAAAAGAUUCCACGGAAAAGAAAUACAGAAGCAGCAGCAAAUCCGUGCUGCGGCAGUACACAGCCAAACACCCAGAAGCAGCAGCAGCAGCAGCAGCAGCAGCAGCAGCAGCAGCAGCAGCAGCAAAACGCACUGAGACUUCCGCCUUCGGCAGCGCCCGCUCCGCUUCGGGGCCUGUUGUUGGCAAGUCUAUUUUAUUAAUUAAUUAA